UAAUGGGUCGCUCUACUUUAUGCUAUGAAAAAGAAGGGUUGAAAAGAGGUCCUUGGACUGCCGAAGAAGACCAAAAGCUCACCGCUUAUAUUCAGCAACAUGGCCAUGGCAGCUGGAGUUCCUUGCCUGAGAAAGCAGGGUUGAAGAGAUGCGGGAAGAGUUGUAGAUUGAGAUGGAUUAACUAUUUACGACCUGAUAUCAAGAGAGGAAAGUUCAGUUUACGUGAAGAACAAACCAUUAUUCAGCUCCAUGCUUUUCUUGGCAACAGAUGGUCGGCUAUUGCGGUUCAUUUGCCCAAGAGGACAGAUAAUGAGAUCAAGAACCAUUGGAACACUCAUCUGAAGAAGAGGCUAAUCAAGAUGGGGAUCGAUCCCAUGACCCACAAGCCUCGAAUCGAUGCACUCAGCUCGUCCGGCCACGAAUGUCACAACUCGAAUUUAAAUCAUAUGGCUCAGUGGGAAAGGGCUCGCCUCGAAGCGGAAGCGAGGGAAGCAGGGCGCUAUUCGUCGAAUAAACAAGCCUUGCUGAGAAUCCAACCGAAGAUCCACCCCGGGACCGAUCCUUUAUCUCUAAAGCCGAGACCAAAGUGUAUCGAUGUGCUCAAAGCAUGGCAAGAUAUGGUUACCGGCAUGUUUAACUUCCCUAGCCGUGAUAACCUCGACUCCCCUACGUCGAUAUCGAACUCCCCGAAUGCUCUGGUUCAAGUUUCGACCGGUGAAACUAUUGUAGACCCCAAUCAUUUAUACACAUGCAAUGAAUUGGUUUACAUGGAUCAAAUGCAAGAACUAGAAGGCUGGAUGGAUGAGCCUACGUCCUCGACGGUGGCUUUAACGCAAUACACUACGGAGAACUUAUGGUUUGCCGAUAACGUAGCGGCGGCUGCGGAUUUGAAUGAGGGUUCAUCCGAAUCGGAUACUUUGAUUGGUAUUCCGGUUUCAUUUUCAUCCAUGGAAGUUGAGGCAUCAAAUGGAAGCUACCCGAUAGCCAAUAAUGGCCAGCCAUAG